AUGAGAGCCAAGUCUCCAAAGAGGAACGCAAAGCCUCAGAGGAAGUAUUCAGGCUUCACAGUGUCCAACAUGAUACUGGAGGCUGUUUCCGCUUCCAAAGAGCGCCACGGCAUGUCCCUUCCAGCCUUGAAGAAGGCUCUGCAGGCUGGAGGAUACAAUGUUGCGAGAAACAACGCCAGGGUCCUCCUCACCAUAAGACGCCUAGUGGUCAGCAAAGAUUUGGUUCAGAACAAGGGCCCCUCAGGCUCCCUCAAGGUGAACGAAAAGACUCUAAAGACAAGAGUAAUGUCUCCAAGGAGAUCCAAAUCUCAAAUUACAUACAGAUCUCCAAAGAGAUCCAGGUCUCCAAUGAGAUCAACAUCUCCAAUGAGAUCCGAAUCUCCAAAGAUGAGAGCCAAGUCUCCAAAGAUGGGAGCAAAGUCUCCAAUGAGAUCGAGAUCUCCAUGGAGAUCCAAAUCUCCAAUGAGAUCUUCAGUGAGACUUCGGAAUUUAAUUUCUCAGCUCGAAUCUUCAAGGAGAUCAAGAUAUCCAAUGAGCUCCAAAUCUCCAAAGAGAAGAGUCAUGACUCCAAAGACUAGAGCAAAGUCUCCAAGGAGAACCAAAUCUCCAAUGAGAUCCAGGUCUUCAAUGAGAUCCAGGUCUCCAAUGAGAUCCAGCUCUCCAAUGGGAUCCAUAUAUCGAAGGAGAUCCAAAUCUCCAAUGAGAUCAAGAUCUCCAAGGAAAUUCAAAUCUCCAAAGAUGAGAGCCAAGUCUCCAAAGAGGAAUGAAAAGCCUCAGAGGAAGUAUUCAGGCUUCACAGUGUCCAACAAGAUACUGGAGGCUGUUUCCGCUUCCAGAGAGCGCCACGGCAUGUCCCUUCCAGCCUUGAAGAAGGCUCUGCAGGCUGGAGGAUACAAUGUUGCGAGGAACAAUGCCAGGGUCCUCCUCACCAUAAGACGCCUAGUGGCCAGCAAAGAUUUGGUUCAGAACAAGGGCCCCUCAGGCUCCCUCAAGGUGAACAAAAAGACUCCAAAGAGAUCCAGGUCUCCAAUGAGAUCAAAAUCUCCAAUGAGAUCCGAAUCUCCAAAGAUGAGAGCCAAGUCUCCAAAGAUGGGAGCAAAGUCUCCAAUGAGAUCGAGAUCUCCAUGGAGAUCCAAAUCUCCAAUGAGAUCUUCAGAGAUCAAGAUAUCCAAUGAGCUCCAAAUCUCCAAAGAGAAGAGUCAUGACUCCAAAGACUAG